AUGCAGAGCGCAGAACCCAUGUCCCAGACGCUGGAAGAGCUACAGGAAAAAACGGACAUGGUUGAAUAUCCACAGACUCUGAAGUAUAUCAGAGGCGCGUUAACCAAGAGCAAACUGCGAAACUUCAUUCAGCAACUGCCCCUGAUCGGGUUUGCAAGGCCGGCCCCCAGCACUUCAGACAAGUGGGCACCAACCGAACACGAUGGGUCAUUCUAUGACACGUUUAAGAAAUUGCUGGAGCAGAGCAACCAAGCCUCCGAUGCUGAUGCUCCAGCUGAACUACCGAAGAUGAAUGACCUAACAAAGCGUCUCGGGCUACAGUUCGAAAAGGUCUUUGGGCAGAUCGCUUUGACACAGCGUAGAGGUCUCCACUUGCCCUUCACCCAGAUUGUGACAAAGAUAUCGUUGAUCUUGUCAUGCGCUACGAGGUACCACGCCCCUGAUAAGCGUAGGCGAGAAAUAGUGCUCACCAUAACCCUAGGAUGUUGGAGAACAAAGAUUAUCCAUUCGUUCGAAACAUAUACGUACGUAUAA